UUCAGACUUGGUUCCUUCAACCUAGAGAAAGUUGCAAGCUCAACUGAGGUUGUUAGAGAACUUAUUUGUUACUGUCUGGAUACCGUAGCAGAAAACCAAGCCAAAAACGAGCACCUACAGAAAGAAAAUCAAAGGCUUCUUAGAGAUUGGAAUGAUAUUCAAGAACGAUUGGAAAAAUGUGUGAGUGCUAAGGAAGCUUUGGAGACUGACCUUUACAAACGAUUUAUUCUCGUAUUGAAUGAGAAAAAAACAAAGAUCAGAAGCUUACAUAAAUUGUUAAAUGAAGUUCAAGAACUAGAAAAGAACACUGAACAUGAAAGGGAAGCUACAACCCACUCUGAAAUGACUGCUGACCGAGAUGCAAUCUAUGAUGAAAGUACUGAUGAGGAAAAUGAAAACUUGUCUGAUCCCUCUGUGUUGGCUUCAGGUUAA